CCUGGCUUGGGGGGCCGGGAUGGUCGGAGGGGCUGCGGCAGAGGGCAGCGCCUGCGCAAGGCCUUGGAGCGCAACUUCCCGCUCAGCCUGCUAUGCCCCUUCGGGGAUGCGGGCUCCCACGGGGCCGACCCCGCCCCCAGCCCUGGGAGGGCGUGUCCUGGCCGCCCCGCCCCCGCUGGCCCCGGGGCGGCAGUCCGGCAGAGCGCCGCGCAGCGCGUAGGGAUGCGCGGGGUGGCCGUGACCGUCCGCCGCAGGGCGAGGCCUGGGGGACGCUUGGGGCACGCCACGUCCGCCCCAGGGAACCGCACAGGCAUGUGUAUGCAAGUGCAGUCGCCCUCACAGGGUACCUUCCAAGUACUUCGUGGGGACGGCACUUCUGUGGGAACUGUCAUCAUGUUCCACUGCCCCUUGGGCCACCAGAUGGUGGGGUCGGGCCUCCUCACCUGUGCCUGGAAGGGAAGCAUCGCUGAGUGGUCUUCAGGGACCCCCACGUGCAAGACUAUACCACCCUAUGAGACCUUUGGCUUCAGGGUGGCCGUGAUCUCCUCCAUCGUCAGCUGUGCCAUCAUCCUGCUCAUGUCCAUGGCCUUCCUCACCUGCUGCCUCAUGAAGUGUGUGAAGAAGAGUGAGCAGCAGCGGUCAGACAGGGCAGCCCAGCUGUGGCUCCAGUUGAGAGGCGAGGACUUGGAGACAGUACAGGCCCCCUACCUUGGCCUCAAGGGCCUCAACAACAACAACAGCAGCAGCAGUGGGGAUCCCAGAGUCCAGCCCAUCCAUGGGCACGACAACCACAGCUUUACCACGGAUGCUGGAAUCUCCUCCACCAGCAAUGCAAUGCUCCGGCCUGAAAGAGACACCCCUCGCUUCUAUGCACGACACAUCCACCACACUGACCUCAGAGGCCAGGAGGGGGGCUCUCCUGGGUGUGCAGAAGAAGAGGGAGCAGCCAGGCAUGAGCAACACCAGGACCACCAUGUCAUCCUGCAUCCACUCUUUCACAUACAGUGCUGGUGAGACCCAUGGUUUUCAGUUGCUGUAGAGCUGAGUUAUCAGAGAAACACCAGUCAGCCAUAAGUACGGGAGUAGCGCCAUUCUUGUCCCUAGAAGUGGCUGUGCAAGAUCAGGCUAGGAUGUCACAAAGAAGACUUCCUCACCCAGCAGAUGGGAAAAAAAGUGUGUCUCAUGUGUUGAUUCCUCAACAAUUUGGUUAUCUCUGUGCUCCAUUUAUCAUAGCAGGAUAGUGACUCAUCCUGAAACUCGGUGGCUUUACACUGCAGCUGCCAGGUUGUCAUCUCUUCUGGUUCUGUGGGUUCUUGCCUCCCCUGUGGCUAUGGUUAGCGAGUGUCAGCAAGCGUCUAGGGCUGGAAUCUUCCAGACGUGUCCACCCACACAGGUAGCAGUUGACACUAGUUGUCUGGGACCUCAGCUGGGGCUCUAGGUAGAAACGCCACACGUGGCAUCCUUCGGCAUGGUGACUGGGCUUCAAGGGUGGGGUGUCCCAGAAACCUGAACUGGGGUUUUUGUUCCCUAAGGCCUGGUCCCAGACGAUUGACCAGGCAGAUUUAGAUGUGCUCAUGCCUGAUGAACUCAGUGGUCCAGAGAAAAACUCUUCAUUCUACCUCCCUCCCUCCCCGCUCCCCAGGCCAAAAACUCAAAGGCUACUUUCUCUCAGACCCCAUAUCCAAUCCUGCAGCCAUCCUUUUGGUUCAACCUAAAAAUUCAACUGGAAAACACCCUAUCUCUUUACUCCACAAGCCCUGCUCUGCUUCCAUCUCGCCUGGACUAUUCCAGUAAACUCCUGGCCUCCCCUGCCCUGCCUUGGGUCCCCCUGCCUCCAUUCAAACCCCUACCCAUCCUGCCUAGGGUCAACAGCUACCAGAGAAUUACUUUUCUAAGUUUUUGUUUGUUUGUUUGUUGCCUUUUAAGGCUACACUUACCACAUAUGGAGUUUCAACCCCCAGGCUAGGGGUCGAAUUGGAGCUGCAGAGGCCGGCCUACACCAC